UGUAAGACUCAGCUGUCUAAAAAUAAUCUGGAUAUGCUGCUGGGAAAAAUAUUGAAACAUACGCAUGUUGGGAAUGACAAAAUACCAUGUGUUCAGGUCCGAUGUAAAGUGAAUGAUUUUGAUGAAUAUAUAAAGAAAUAUUUUUCGCAUCCUAUCGAUCUCUGGGCGUUGGAUUUGAGGAAUAUAGCAGGAUUAGGUGAUACAGUUUUAAUAACAAAAUGUGAUGUGAGUGAAAGACCUACUAAACUGGUAACGCAUUUUGUUGAUCGUAUAAUAUUUAAAUAUGGAAAUAUCAUUGACCCUAUUACGCAGAGAAGAGUAUUGAAGGAAAGAUAUGAAGAUGAAAUUAAUUUAGAAACUGAGCUAGUGAAAGAAAUAAUCGAAGAACCUUUAUCUCACGAUGUUUUGUUGUUCAAAGAAAAACGUGAUAUUCAACGGCAGCGUUUGAAUACUCGUAAGUCAGCGAUAAAUUGUCGAAAGGAGUUGGCAAAACAAGAACGUUUAUCAAUACACGAACAGUUAAAGAUAACAUAG